CGAGUUUGACGAGUGUGGUUUGUGUUUGGUGUUUUGAUUCCAAUAUACUGUGAGCGAAAUAGAAUAUAACCGUAUGCAGAAUCAGAUAAAAUAGUAAAAGGAAAAACUAAGUCAAAGAACUGUACACAAAUCAUAGUACUUUGUUCUACGCAAAAAACCGCACAACAUAACUGCCCUGCAAGCAAUUGGUAGUAUGAAUUCGCGCCGCCAUUAACGCUACCAACACAAGCGAUUACGCCAGAAAAACAAGAAUCGACGCAGCAACAGGCUGAUAAUAUUCGAUAUGAAAUAAAAUAGAAGCAAAAAGACGUCGUCAACCCCAGCACUUCAGAAACGAAUACAAGAGCCGAAGGAACUUCUCAAAAUAAGAAGAAUCAAAAUAAAACAAUACAUAUAAAUUGGAAUAACUAUAAACGAAACAGCGAUCAUUACACAUAUUUGCCCAUGUGCUAUAUCAAGUGUAUUUUUGUGCUGUCAUUGCGACUUUCAUUGUGGUUUAUUUUCUUGUGCUUUGUUAUACGAUCAAUUGAAAACCAAAUUAAAAAUAAUUAAAUAUUGCAAUCGAAAAAGUGGUUCAUAAUACGUUAUCAAAGACACAUACAUCUCUGUUUUAACUUGUGCCUUUGCUUGGAAGAAUUAUUGAGUAUUCAUUUCGUAUCGCUGUGUACAACGGGAAAAGCGUGCCUUCUCCCCAUAAAUUAUAUAUUUUAUACUUGGAAUAACAAUAUUUGUUUUCGAUAAUGUCUGCAGCUAUUAUACAGCAGAAGAGUACAAACAAUUCUUCAUUAAUUUACUUUGAGUGCGGUGAUAUUUUUAAAGCGAACCAGUCAAAUGAUCAACAGCAACAUAUUCGUUCAAGUCGCACAGUAAGCAACAAUGGUGAUAUAAUUACUUCCGAAAUGGACAAUUCUGUCAAAGCAGUCGACCAGAAAGUAAAGCUGGACAUCAAGAAAGAUUCUGAUCAAUGCCGUCCCCACACUGCGUUGACCAGAACCAUUUCGCAACCUCAACCUCAGGCACAACAUGAGGCAAAUGUUGAGUCCUAUGUAACAACUAUAUUAGAAAACUUCGGAAACUUGAACUUACAUCGUAAACUGGAGAGAACACAAUCUGAACCCUUACCACAGCAAGUUAAUACUUCUAGAUAUAAAACCGAACUUUGUCGUCCAUUCGAAGAAGCCGGUGAAUGCAAGUAUGGAGAAAAGUGCCAGUUUGCUCAUGGAUAUCAUGAGCUACGAAACUUACAAAGACACCCAAAGUACAAAACCGAAUAUUGUCGCACAUUCCACAGCGUUGGAUUUUGUCCAUAUGGCCCAAGAUGUCAUUUUGUACAUAACGCGGAUGAAGCUAGAGCUUUACAACAAAUGCAGCAGCAACAACAGCAACAACAACAGCAGCAAACCAAGUUGCAAAAUCAUUCCAGUUUUCAUAACUGCAUCACAACUUAUCCAUUGCAGCCUAAACCAGGAAACAGCGCAGCUAAUCUCAAUCAUUCACUACCUUUGAGUCCUCCCCUGAGCAUGUCAACAGGCUCAGAUCGAGAGUCUCCCACAGGGUCAUUAUCCUUAAGUCCUACCAGUUCUAUGACUAAUUUUACAUUUGGUGAUCAAGUUAGCCCGGUAAAUUCGGUUUUCCAGAACACAUUUCCUUACGUAAACACACCACCCGAAAGCCCAAAUGCACCAAUUUCCCCAGUGAAUACACCACCACCUAAUAUAAUGUUAGGUUCAAUACAAAAUCAGACUUCGUUGUACAUAAAGCCUGUUACAAUUCAAGGCAAGCAGGUCCUACAAAAGAGUUCGAGCUCUCCAAUCGCUAUAAUAAGGAAUGUUAAUAAAAUUCCGGCCAAAGUUAAUUCUGUUUCAUCACUUAACAGUGGUGAAGAUGCGCGUCUGCCAGUUUUUAACAGAUUGAGCUCAGCUGUUGAAAAGUUUCCUAACAAAGCUUUAUAAUCUGACGAAAUCUCAAUUUGAAUAUAAUUAAAAUUUCUAGUUUUUUUUGUUGUUUUACAUUUUAAAUUAUACAUAUAUAUACAACCUAAAUUAUUAAUAUUUUGUAGUAUUAAAAUUGAAAAUAUAUUUACCCGGAUACUAUAUUAACGUAACUACCUGUAUGACGUAAAUUAUUGCCUACAUUUAUCUUUUUACACAAUAAUAAUGUGUAAAUGAAAUGAAAAAUAUUUAUUCCAAUACGUUACAAAAACUCGAAGAUGGUUAACACUGAUGAAAAUUCUCAAAGUGCCUUACAGUUAAUUAAAUAUAUACAUAUGUAGAUAUUUUAGUAUUUAUACAAUUUUUAUUUAAUUGGUUAAGAGAUGAUUCGUGAAUUAGUCGUCUU